AACCCUAACAGAGUGUUAGAUAAACUUGAACUUGACAUAGUGAAUACUGGAGAUAAUCCUCAUUGUCCCGAGUGUGAAGCUAAAGGUGCAGUCCUUUGUGCUACCUGCUCCAGUUCAGGCCUAUAUGUUGAUUCUAUAAUGGAAAGCCAGGGGAUAAUUGUCAAAAUUAGAUGCUUAGGUUGUGGAGGUUCUGGUAACAUAAUGUGCUUAGUGUGUGGAGGACGAGGUCAUCUUUGACUUUCUUGAUCCUACCGGUUUGAUCUUGUGCCUGUUUGUCAUGAUAUAGGCUUUGGCUUUGGCUUUGUCAGGUAG